AUAGCCAUUGACGUGGGAUCCCACUAGCAGCUUUCUUGUCUUUUUUUUUUCUUUCCUUCAAUCAACACAAACAGAGGCUUUCACUCUUCUUCUAUUGUUUCACUCUCUGCGUAUAACGAUUUGAUCGUUUUUUUUUUUUGGUUGGGAAAGUGAAAAGUUACAUUUUUUUUUCCUUCUUCUCUUCUGUAAUCAAAAUUUCGAAGCCGUAGAUGAGAGAUUAGGUUGAAACUUUGAUGCGAAUUAGGGUUUGUUAAGGUUUUGAUUUUGGGGAAAAAUCAAAUGGCUCAACAGAGACAGUUUCAGAUGGAAGGUAGUAAUAACAAUAACGAUACCAAGUUGACGAAAAUCUUCGUGGGAGGAUUAGCGUGGGAGACGCAGAGAGAUACAAUGAGACGUUACUUCGAGCAGUUUGGUGAAAUCGUUGAAGCUGUCGUCAUCACUGAUAAGAACACUGGAAGAUCCAAAGGAUAUGGAUUUGUGACGUUUAAGGAAGCGGAAGCAGCAAUGAGAGCUUGUCAGAAUAUGAACCCUGUCAUCGAUGGAAGACGAGCUAAUUGCAAUCUUGCUUGUCUUGGUGCUCAGAAACCUCGUCCUCCUACUUCUCCAAGACAUGGAACAGGGAGAUUUAGGUCACCAGGAGGAGCAGGAUUAGUUGCUCCUUCUCCUCAGUUUCGAGGCUCUCCUUCUUCCUCUGCUUUUGUUCAUCAUCAUCAACAACAGCAACACGCUGGUCAAUUCCCAUUUCCUUACUCUGCUUACGGGUUCUCUGGUUAUUCUCAAGAGGGAAUGUACCCAAUGAGCUACUACAAUCAUCAUCUCUAUGGAGGGCAACAAUAUUCUCCAUAUAUGGGACCUCCAUCAUCAGGAUCAGCAGGAAUAUUCCAUGGUUACUAUCCUUUUUACGGUCAAUACAAUGCAGCACAAAGCAGCAACCAGGCUCAAGCUCAAGCUCAUCAUCAACAUCAUCAAGGUUUCAGCUUUCAAUAUACUACUCCUCCUCCUCUGUUGCAGUACCCUUACAUGCCUCAUCAGCAAUUCAGCUCUCAGCCUCCUCCGCCUCCAAUCCUCUCCCUCCCAACCUCUUUGGCUCUAUCAUUAGCAUCCUCAGCUUCAUCUUCAUCCUCUUCAACUUCCACCUCAGUAGCUGCAACAACAACAGCAACAAAAACAGUAGUUAUUACUACAACAGCAACGAAAGCAGCAGCUGAAGCUAGCAACAAAGAUGGUCAUGAAACAAUUACAUCAUCCAUCAAGAUUGAGGAUUGAUUCAGUACCGCAAUAGCCAGAGCCAAGUGACUACUUCAUUGUACACUAACUCAUCAUCAAUCUCUCCAACGUGUUCUAGAAACAUUUAUUCAUAUACCGUUUUUAGGAUUCUAGAAUCUUAAUUAGUACUUAGGAGGAGGAAGAGGAUGAAGAAGAAGAAAGAAACCAUCAUCACAUUCAUUGUUUUAUUUAUUUUUCAAGAUUCAUAUUGCAUUUUAGGAUAAAGAAUCAAAGAGAAGGCAUUGGUGGCCUUUUUUUGGAUUCUUGGAUUGAUGCAGAAAGCAUCAUUCAAUUACAUUGAUUCGGGGAUUUAUUUCAGGUUCAGAAGAAUUGUUUUAUGUCUUCUUUUGAACCCAAACAGGAUUCCAAGCU